AUGGCGCGAGCAGCGGCGGCUGCUGCUGUUGAGAAGAUUGUCCACAAGGCCAACGAAGAGUCGCGAAGAUUAGAUGAGACGCAGGUCUUCGUCUUCAAGAUUCAGGUGGACUCUGUUACAUUCGACGGUCCGCAGCUGGCCAAGACAAGAGGCUUGCGCUUCGCGCUGGCUCUCCAGAAAGACCGUGAGAAGUCACCAGAAGAUCGACUGAUGCUGACGCCUUGCGUCAAGCCGAUUGUUGAAGAGCUUGAAGGCGGUGAGGGCCGCCAGCAGUGCCUCUUCAACCUACGCUACGAGUUGGACGUGCUCUGGGAAGGCGGUGAGACGCUGGUGCUCAGCGCUUCUCAACCCGGGCUGUUCUUCUCCAAGGUGUUGGCCUCCUGUGACCUGCCGCUUGCGCUUUGCUACGAGCAGCUUGUCAGCGCCGCGAAGUCCUGCAAUCCGGCGGAGGCAGAGCCUUUGCCUAUCGAGCUCGAGCUUGAAAGCCAGGAUGGCAAGGCAGUUGGCGGAAGGUGUCGCAUAUUUGUUCACUGCUGGAAAGAGAGUUUGAAAUCGCUGGGUGGGCGGAGAGCUUUGCGCUCCACUAUCCCAGAAGCCCUUCCAGAAGGUAAACAAAUCCAUUCCGACGCGAUCAAGCACAAGAUGAAGGAGAUCCACGAAUGUCACAGUCUCAACGACCAGCUGGAGAAGGCACAGGCCAACCUGUGGUUGCAGGGGGUCAAGAGACUCACCGACGAAGGCGCUCUGGAUAGUAAGACUCUCCGCUUGGCCGAGACCUGCGGGCUCGUCUCAGCAGAGCGAGCCGACAUUCUCAGGCAGAGCAAGAAUACACCUCCAAAGCUCUCCUCAAGGAGUGGUUCCUUCACUGCCGUGGAGCGUGCCGGUGGGACCACAUGGCUCCGAUUCACUACGGCGUGA